AUGGCCACUCCGGACGUCAGCGUUCACAUGGAGGAGGUGGUGGUGGUGACGACGCCCGACGGCACGGUGGAUGGAGGCGGCGUGGAGGAGGUGAAGACGGUGCUGGUCACCACCAACCUGUCCCAGCACGGCGGUGACAUAAACGAAGACACGCUGGAGACCGAAAAUGCAGCUGCUGCGGCUGCUGCCGCCUUUACAGCCUCCACGCAUCUGAAGGAAGCGGUCCUAGUGAAGAUGGCUGAAGAUGAGGACAGUUUGGAGGCAGAGAUUGUCUACCCCAUCACCUGCGGCGACAGCAAAGCCAACCUCAUCUGGAGAAAGUUUGUGUGCCCUGGGAUCAACGUGAAGUGUGUGCAGUUUGACAAUCACCUAAUUAGUCCCAAGGAGUUUGUCCACUUGGCAGGCAAGUCGACCCUGAAGGAUUGGAAGCGGGCGAUCCGGAUGAACGGGAUCAUGCUCCGGAAGAUCAUGGACUCGGGAGAGCUGGAUUUCUACCAGCACACGAAGGUCUGUUCCAACACCUGCCGGAGCACCAAAAUCGACCUGACCGGAGCCAGGGUGUCCUUGACCAGCCAGACGUCGACGGAGUACAUCCCUCUCACUCCCGCCUCUGCGGAUGUGAACGGAUCCCCGGCUACGAUUACCAUAGAAACAUGUGAGGAUGCCAGCGAUUGGAGCACCAGCAUCGGAGAUGACACCUUUGCUUUCUGGCGAGGCCUGAAGGACACGGGUCUCCUGGAAGAAGUAAUCCAUGAGUUCCACCAGGAGCUGGUGGAGACCAUGAAGGGCUUGCAGCAGCGAGCCCAGGAUCCCCCGCUGCAGCUCGGUGAUGCUGUUUUACUUAACAACGUAGUCCAGAACUUCGGUAUGUUGGAUCUGGUCAAGAAGGUCCUGGCCAGCCACAAGUGUCAGAUGGAUCGCUCGAGGGAGCAGUACGCGCGGGAUUUGGCAGCUCUGGAGCAGCAGUGUGACGAGCACCGCAAGCGAGCCAAGGAGCUGAAGCACAAAUCGCAGCACCUCAACAACGUCCUGAUGACCCUCACGCCCGUCUCUGUCCCCACGCCUUUAAAACGUCCCAGGCUGACCAGGGCCACCUCCGGACCAGCUGCCAUCACCUCCCAAGUCCUGUCCCAGCCGGCGCAGCUCGCCGUCACGCCCGGCGUGCCCGUCUCCCAGCUUGCCAACCUCCCUCUCGGCAAAGUGGUCUCAGCCCUCCCGCCCUCGGUGCUGGGGAAGAGCCCGUCCCAGCCUCCCGCCGCCAGCUCCCCGGCCUCCCCGCUGCUGGGAGGGUACACGGUACUGGCCUCCGCCGGCUCCACCUUCCCUGGUACGGUGGAGAUCCACCCGGACGCUUCCAACCUGACGGUGCUGAGCACGGCCGCGGUCCAGGACGGCAGCACGGUCGUGAAGGUGGUGAGCCCCUUCCAGCUGCUGACGCUGCCGGGACUCGGCACGACCAUCCAGAACGUGACACAAAUGGCUCCCAGCGGGAGCACGGUCGUGACCGUCCCGUCCGGUGCCACCGAGGCUGCCAGCGACGAGCACGCCGCCAUCGAGGUGACCGCAGUGGCCGACGAGGCAGAGCAGAAGUGA